AUGGCUCCUCGUAGACGCAAGCAGACUUUCUCUAACCAAAAAAAGGCCCGUGGUAGAUCCAAAACCUCAUCAUCAGUCAAAUCUCGCCCCUUUCAUGUCCUCAAAUCUGCCCCGGUUACCGAAAAUUUUGUCAACCAUGGUCUCCACGAAAUUGCAAGACAAUUACCACGUCUCGUGAGGAUCCCAGCCCUCAUUGAAGACUGGGAAUACCUAAAAGACGCCGAUGGUUCGUUAACCCUUGACCUCGAUGCCCCGAUUCCUAAUCCUUCUGUCAAUGCUGCUGCUGCUAACUCCGGGGUGCCUGGUGUUGUUAACUCCGAUGACACUUUGUCUUGCCAUGACCCAUCUUACGUUGAAUUACCUUAUGGUACUUACCUUGCUCACGGCUAUGGUAGCACCGCUACUGCUAGAAUGGCUGGUCCCGGUAACUACGUUUCCAGUUGCCAACAAUCAAUCAACUCCAAUGUAUUGCUCGAAAAAGUCACUCGUGGCACUCUGAAGAAAUUACGGGGAAUGUUGAGUUCCGCUAUUCCUACUGCCUCCAUUUCCAAAAAUAACUCUUCCAAAAAAAAGAAUUUCAUGUCCAAAGAUAUUAGCAAUAAUACUACCUCUCCUAUCAUGGCCCGUAUGGCCAAUGGGUUCCUCAAACCACAAAAGAAGUAUUUCGAUACUAGGCUUGAGCUUGCUGAAUUCUUGGAUGAAUUCAAAAUCUCCAGACCCGGCUUCUGCUGUGAUAAGAGAUGUCUGUUCUAUCACUUGGGAUUGGGGGAUUUCAGAACCGCUAGAAGACAUAUAUGGAUGCAUUGCCAUGAAGUGGUCACUCGUGGCAAGGGCAAAGGUACCGGAGUGAUUUAUCCACCAUCAGAACGCUCAAAUGAUCCAAGCUCAGAAUCAGACCUGAGUUUUAAUAGUAAAGGCCAUGACUCUCUCCAAGAAACUUCCUAUGAUACCCAUAGUUCACCUCCUAGUUGUUUUGCCUACAACAGUUGGUGUCAACCCGAAACGGUGUAUGAUAACUCCCUCGGAGUUCCAACUCCUCCAAAUUCAUCUGUUGCUUCCAAUCAACCCCCAUCUAAUUGGGGAGAAAGAGAAGGAGUGUUGCCUGGUUGUAUUCUCAGCACUUUUUAUUUAAUGUUCCGUUACAAGUGCCUUCAAUGUGGUGAUGUUUGUUACAUAGAUAAUGCCAAAGAUCAUAAAAAAGUCUGUACCCUUCACCCCUCACAAGCUUCUGCCAAAAAAAAUGUGAAUCCUAAACUCCGCUCCAAGAAAUUCAAAAAUCAAUACCAUGUCAUGUUAAAAGGUUCUACUAAAGAUAAUCCCAGCUCCAGCUCCAGUGAUGAGGAGACCAACACUGAUAGUUCCAAUGGUAUUACCCAGUACCAUGACAGUGGUUCCCAUGAUGAUGAUUCCGAAAACGAGGGUAAUUUAUUUAGUGGGGCAUCCAGUACUAAUGUUCAAGAUAGUUCCCUUGUACACAAUAAUCAAAGCCAUACAAAUUCUGGAUUCGGGGGGUUUUCUUCGCUAUUUUCCCUUAACUCCCACCACGGAGUUUCCGGAAAGAAUGUCGAAGUGUUAUAUGUCAAUCACCGGAAAUGGCUGGUUAACUUUCGAAUUGGAAACAAAAUUCAUUACGAAAUUGCUUGUUCCAAUAAUCAUUCAUUAGACACAAAGACCCUGGCUGUGUUGCGCUCCAAUAGCAGUAGAUCGACGGAAAGCAGCUGUUCCCGGCGGCGUCAGCGGAAUGGCACGUUAGCCGAUGAACACAUUUAUGAGAGUGAUCAAGGCGAUAACCUCAGAAAAAAAAGGCACCGUGGUUCCAAAUCCAUUAUUGGUUAUGCUGAUGAUGAGGAAAAAAUUUCUCGUUCAGUUGGCCAUAGUAAUGUGUUGAAUAAUGCGGUUUUUCCUCAACUGAAAUAUUGUACUAGUUCUAGUGGGCAAAGCACAGAUGACGAGGAAGAUAAUAACAAUGAUGAUAGUGCUGCUGAUACUGAUGCUGAUGAUGAUUAUGGUGAUGAUUCUGGUGAAAUAUCUUCAAUCUCAAUCACCUCAACAGAGACUGAUAAUAAUAUUGGAGACAAUAAUGAGGAUGAAGAUGAUAAUGAAGAUUCUGAAAGUGUUACUUUUAAUGAAGACGUCAAUGAUAAUGAUACCUCUGGGUCUGUUGCUGACCAUGAAUUUAGUGAUGAUAAGGACUCCUCAGGGAUUACUUAUUCUGAGAAUGAUGAAGAAGAUUAUUAUGAUAGUCAUUAUCAAAAAGCUGAAGAAUCUGUCGAUUUUUUCAAUGAAAGACAUGGGAGCACAUAUACUGAUGAGGCUAGUAAAUCAGGCGGUCAAUCAAAAUCACAUUCUUUUGAUAUUCUGAAUGGCCAGGAAAGCAAGAAAUAUGGAUUGACUUCAGAUUUUGAAAUUCAAUAUAUUGACUCAAAUAUCCAAAAUGCAGAAAGGUUAACCAGUACAGAUUGUUCGCUUUAUAAUCCAGAACCUUUCAGUUACGACUUCUGCAUCAAUGCUGAUUCUAAUCACAAAAACAAUUUAUUUUCAUUUGGCUCCUUCCAAUUAUUUGGUGACUCCAAUAGCGAUAAUGUUGACUCUGACUGGAAUUUAGAUGAUUAUCUUGAUGAUUUUUCAAAGGUUUGUUCCACAGACCUUAGUAGUAGUCAGGAGGUCCAAGUAAUUAAUCAAUCUGCUGAGCUGGUGGUUGGCAAUUAUCCAGACAAGCUGGUAGAUAAUCUGACUAUUCGAAUGGAUUCCACCAUCGGGACCAUAAUGAAGUGUGAUAAAUUAGAAUCAGGCGUUAUUCCAUGUGACCUACCUGUCAAAAGAGCAAAAGGUGUGUUUGCUGCUGAUAAUAGUUCCGCUAAAGCUUCCUUUGAAAUUCCGUUGCUGGCAAGUUAUGUUGAACAUGUUGAAAUAAAACCACAAAAUAAUGGGGAAUCUAAAGGGCAGCUAAGGGACAUGAUCUCUAAUAAGCCUACUUACCCAUUGUUUGAAAGAAAUAAAGAUAAACUCCUUGAGUCUAAUGAAUCCUUGAACGCUGCGGCUGCCACCGAUAAUGCUAAUAAGCUGGAAUUGGCCACUUGUGAUAAAAAUACUCUGUUGAAAAGUGUGGUUACUUUCUAUUCUUUUACUAAUUCUUCUGGGGAUGAUUUAGUCUUUAGAAGCUUUGAUUCUACUCCGAGUGUGAGAACUCUGGUUUCCAGUUCACCAACAGCCAUUACUCCAGAAAGUCUGAUAGCCAGUCCUGGUAUUGUCUCCAAUAAUACUUCUAUCCCAAAAUCGUUGACUCGUGAACACAAGCCGCCACACAUCAUGGCUCCUCCAGAACCCAUGACCAAUUCGAGAUACCUCAAUUCAUAUACCCCUAAUACUGCCUCAUCAUUCCUGAAAGGUGUUGAAGGCUUUCCAAUCGCUAAUUCCAUUAUACCGAAGAAUGAGGUGGUUACUUCUGGCUUUGUUUAUCAAACGCCUACAGAAGCCACAAAUCCAUUUUAUAAACCAAUUAAUUUCAUCACCAAACAUGGGAUGCUCUCUCCACUCCCUAGUAAUGGGAAUGCUAGUAUUAUGAGCACUCCAUCUGGGCAUAUGGCUGGAAACACAAUUACACCAAUAACUACUGUUCAAAAUGUUCCACCUUGGUAUUGUGAGCUGACUACCACGAGUAACCUUUUUGGAGGAAUUGUGCCUGUACCUUUGCAGCUUCCAACUGACUCACAAUUCCUGAUUCCGUACUAUCAUCUUCCAAAACAAGAGCUUCUUUGCCACAAUGAUACCUUGGGUUGUGGAGGACAAUUGCAAUCACCGGCCCCGAUCCAUCGCUCAAAUCCUAUAAUCAAAAGAGAUCCAGAAUCAAACCCUAUUAAUUAA